AUGAAGUUCACCGCUCUCGUCGCUGCCACCGCCCUCACCGGCUCCGUGUCGGGCCUGGCUAUCCGCCAGAACACCCCCAUCUGGCAGACCCUGCCCCCCACCCCCCAGUUGCCCACCCCCAUCUCCACGACAACGACCCCCGUCAACGGAAUCAAGAUGUGGUUCCAGAAGUACAACGAGAAGGCCGGCGGCAUCCCCAUCGUCAUGGACCACGGCGGCCUGGGCUACUCUGCCUACUUCGGCUCCGUCAUUUCCCGCCUGAUCAAGGCAGGCCACUAUGUCAUCGCCGUUGACCGUCGCGGCCACGGCCGCACCACCUUCAACGCAAACGAUGUCUUCACCUACGAGCAGAUGGCGAACGACAUCUUUGCGCUGCUCGAGGCCCAGGGCGUGAAGCAGUACAACGUCGUCGGAUGGUCCGACGGCGGCAUCACCACCCUCCAGGCGCUCAUCAACCCCAAGACGGCCGCGCCCAUCAACAAGGCCUUCGUCUUCGGCGCCUCCGCCAAGCCCGACCAGACCAACGCCACCUUCAGCGACACCAAGGUCUUCAACGAGCUCGUCGCCCGCUGCAGGACGGAGUACGCCACGCUCCAGCCCGGCGCCAACUUCACCCAGUUCGCUACCAAGGUCGCCACCAUGGAGGGCACCCUCCCCCAGUGGACCGACAAGCAGCUCGCCUCCAUCCCCGGUGCCAAGGUCAUGAUUGCCGGCGCUGAGCACGAGGAGGCUGUCAACCGCGACGUCCCCGGCAUCCUGAACAAGGCUAUCCCCGGCAGCAAGGUCACCAUCUUGACUGGCGUCAGCCACUUUGCGCCCAUGCAGGACCCUGACCAGUUCACCAAGGCUGUCCAGGACUUCUUCAAGGCCUAG